AUGGCACUGCUCAAGUCUGGCUGGCUCUGGAGACAAACUUCUGUGUUGCGGCGCUGGAAGCUGAACUGGUGUGACCUGUGGAUGGAUGGCUCUCUCUGCUUCUACACCACAGAGAGCCGCAGGAGCCUGGAGCAGAGGGUCAGUCUGAAGACGCUGUGCAUGGAUGUGCGCUCGGGCCUGGAGUGUGGAGAUGUGACCCCUCCGGAGAGUAACCCUAGAGAGAAUCUGGUGGUGGUGGUGCUCAAAGACGGCUCCACAGUCAACAUGUGUGCCAACAGUGAAGAUGAGUCGCUGUGA